CUUCCAACGUGUCACAAGUUUUGGUGGAUUACCCUAGAUCUGUCCAGCAUCAAGUGUUGAAGAACCAUCCGUCCUCUCCACUCUCCACAGUAUCCUGCCGCGAGAACACGGGACUCCAAGAACACACUCUGAUUCCAAAAGAACGCCAACUAAACAUACUUUCAAGAUCUUCCCAAUCAACCGUGCCUUUCUCUAAGAUGAAUUCUCGCCGCUCAGAAGAGUCCAGCAUGCUGUUCUACUGCAUAUGGCCAACGUUGCUUUUGAUGACAUCCCUGCUGUGUAACGGGUCCGGUACCGACGCGGCAACCACCGCGGGCGGGUCCACGGGAUGUGCGUCCUGUGGCACCCCACCGCUGGAGAAGGAAUCCGAGGAGCGGCUCAUGGUUGAAAUCGCCAAGCAGCACAUUCUGAAGAAGCUGCACCUGAAAGAGAGACCAAAUAUUACACACACGGUGCCGCGCGCAGCACUCCUCACAGCGCUCCGCAAACUGCACGCGGGGCGAGUGAGACCGGAUGGCACACUUGAGCUUGAAAACAGUUCGACUUAUACAAAAGAUCUAGGAUAUGAAAUAGUGAGCUUUGCGGAUUUCGAUGACUUGGGUAGCAGUGCCACCUCCCAGCCAGAGUUGACCUUCCAGUUCCUGCAGCAGCAAGGCCAGAGGCUCCAGGUGCUCCAGUCCUCUCUGUGGCUGUACGUCCGCUCCUCCCAGACCCCCCACAGCGAAGCCCGCGUCUCCGCUCAGGUCUUCCUCUCGGGGGAGGGCGCCUCCAACCGCACCCUGGUCCUCCAGAAGCUGCUGGAGGUUCAGAAGGGGAACUGGCACACCUUCCCCCUGACACAGACCUUGCAGGCCUUCCUGGACAGGGGCCAGGGACACCUGCGGCUGGAGGUGACCUGCGACGAGGACGGCAGGAACCUGUGCUCCCUGGGGGGCGCCGCGGACGCCUUGCACCAACCAUUCCUGGUGGCGCAGGUGCGUCUCCGUGACGACGAGUCGAAGCACGUCCUCAGCAAGCGCUCGCUGCGCUGCGGCGAAGACUCCAGCAUCUGCUGCAAGAAGGACUUCUACAUCAAGUUCAAGGACAUCCAGUGGCAGGACUGGAUCAUCGCUCCAGAGGGCUACCACAUGAACUACUGCAUGGGUCAGUGUCCUCAGCUGUACUCGGGCUCCCCCGGGAUCGCCUCGUCCCUCCACGCCACUGUGUUCAGCCAGCUGAAGGCCAACGGCAUCAACACGGCCGUGUCGUCGUGCUGCGUGCCUAUCAAGCGCGCGCCCCUCUCCAUGGUGUACUUCGACACGCAGCACAGCAUCGUGAAGAAAGACAUGCCCGACAUGAUCGUGGAGGCCUGCGGGUGCACAUAGGAGAGGAGGCCAAUCAGAGGAGGCCUGCGGGUGCACAUAGGAGAGGGGGCCAAUCAAAGGAGGCCUGCGGGUGCACAUAGGAGAGGAGGCCAAUCAGAGGAGGCCUGCGGGUGCACAUAGGAGAGGAGGCCAA